GAAGCCAUGUCAGACUGGGUAUCUUACUACAAACAUGAGGAAGGUGAAGAAGAAGAUGAUCAAGAUGGAGAAGUUGAAACCAUUGGAGAAUAUAAAUAUGCAGGCCGAGACACCUUGGUUUUCUUGGUGGAUGCCUCAAGAGCCAUGUUUGACACCUAUGAUGAUGAUGACUUGGCUCCUUUUGAUAUGACAAUCCAGUGCAUUCAGAACGUGUACACAAACAAGAUCAUCAGUCAUGACAGGGACCUUAUUGGUGUGGUAUUUUAUGGCACUGAGCAACACAAGAAUUCAGUGGAUUUUAAGCAUAUUUAUGUCCUUCAGGAUUUGGACAAUCCAGGGGCAAAACGAGUUUUAGAACUAGGCAAAUACAAAGGAGAGCAGGGAAGAGCGCUCUUCCACAAGUCAUUUGGCCAUAGCACUGACUACUCAUUGGGUGAAGCACUCUGGGUUUGCUCCAAUCUCUUCAGUGAUGUCCGCCUCAAGAUGAGCCACAAGAGGAUCAUGCUAUUCACCAACGAUGAUAAUCCUCAUGGCACCGACAGCGUCAAAGCCAAGUUUGCUAGGACUAAAGCUGCUGAUCUCCGAGAGACAGGUAUUUACCUUGAUUUAAUGCACCUGAAGAAGCUUGGGGGGUUUGAUAUCACCUUGUUCUACAGGGAUAUCAUUAAUACCGCAGAAGAUGAGGACUUAGGAGUCCAGUUUGGUGAAUCUGGCAAGUUAGAAGACCUCAUGAAGAAAGUACGAGCAAAGGAGACUAGAAAGCGAGCUUUGGCCAGGCUGAACUUCUACCUGGGCAAAGAUAUGGCUUUCACCGUUGGCAUUUACAAUGUAGUCCAGAAAGCUAUCAAACAGCCUCCAGUAAAACUUUACAGGGAAACUAAUGAGCCAGUGAAAACAAAAACCCGAACCUUUAAUCGAGAGACAGGUAGUUUGCUUCUCCCUAGUGACACCAAGAGGGCUCAGACCUACGCCGACCGUCAGAUAGUGUUUGAAAAAGAGGAGACAGAAGAAGUAAAGAGAUUUGAUUCACCAGGCUUAUUUCUGAUUGGCUUCAAGCCCUUGGUAAUGCUGAAACGACAUCACCACAUCAAGCCUUCCCAGUUCAUCUAUCCAGAGGAGUCCUUAAUCAGUGGAAGCACUACGCUAUUUAAUGCUUUGCUAAUCAAGUGUCUAGAGAAAGAAGUAAUGGCUGUCUGCAGAUAUAUCCCCCGUCGCAAUACUCCUCCCAGGUUUAUAGCCCUGGUCCCUCAAGAAGAAGUGCUGGAUGAGCAGAAUGUGCAGACAGCUCCCCCAGGUUUUCAUUUAAUUUUCCUACCUUAUGCAGAUGACAAACGGAAAAUUGGCUUUACUGAGAAAGUCCCAGCUAAUCAGGAACAGGUGGACAAAAUGAAGGAAAUUGUCCAGAAGCUUCGAUUCAAGUAUAGGAGCGAUAGCUUUGAGAACCCAGUUCUCCAGCAGCACUAUAUGAACUUGGAGGCCUUGGCCCUUGAUCUGAUGGAACCUGAGAAAGCUGAAGAUUUGACAGUGCCUAAGACUGAAGCAAUAGACCGCAGGCUAGGUAACCUUGUGGAGGAAUUCAAACAGCUGGUUUAUCCACCUGGUUAUGAUCCUGAAGGGAAAGCUACAAAGCGCAAACAAGGAGGGGGCUCAGAACAAUUGGAAAAGAAAGCCAAGAUAGAAAUCUCUGAAGAGGAGCUGAAGAAUCAUGUUCGAAAAGGCACUUUGGGGAAGCUAACUGUACCACUUCUGAAGGAUGUGAGCAAGAUUUAUGGCCUGAAGGCGGGUGGGAAGAAGCAAGAACUUCUGGAUGCAAUCACUGAACACUUCAGUAGCCACUAAGAACUGAAGCCUAUAUAGAAAUUCAGCUGUUUAGCAUCUUCACCCAGUCUCAAAGUCUGAUGUAGAAUGCUUU